GUAAAACCGUAAAAUUUCAGACAAAAAAAAGUUUGGUGAAGAGGUAGUUCUUUCUCUCUGUCUGAGAAAGCUCGAGCUUCACGCACGAUAAUGGCUUCUUCUUCUCUUGUCUCGUUCCCAUGCCUCUCCUCUCUCAAAAUGACAUUCAAGCCAAUGGCAGCUCUCAGCAAAUCCUCCACAACAUAUGAGCUGAAGAAGGGUCAGAACCGUCUUUACCAUAAGCUUCAGUCUGGUCUAAAAAUGGAGGUCAUCGAGCAGAGAAAACAGGAAGACGAAAAAAGAAGAAGCGAGAAAGAGAACCCACCAUUGGUUUUUGUACAUGGAAGCUACCACGCAGCUUGGUGCUGGGCUGAGCAUUGGUUACCUUUCUUCUCUUCUUCUGGGUUUGAUUCUUAUGCCAUCAGCUUAUUAGGUCAGGGUGAAAGUGAUGAACCUUUGGGGACAGUUGCUGGAACACUUGAGACGCACGCAAGUGAUAUUGCGAACUUCAUCGAAUCAAACCUUAGCUCUUCGCCUCCUGUUCUUAUCGGUCAUUCUUUUGGAGGGCUCAUUGUUCAAUAUUACUUGGCGAAUAUCUCAAAUAAAAAGUCGUUAGGAGCUACAUAUGCAUAUCCAGACCUUUCAGGGGCUGUACUAGUUUGUUCGGUGCCACCUUCGGGUAAUAGCGGGUUAGUGUUACGCUAUCUCUUUUCUAAACCCGUAGCAGCCUUUAAGGUAACUCUCAGUUUAGCCGCUAAGCGUUUUCAGACAUCUAUUCCUCUUUGUCGGGAAACCUUCUUUUCUUCAGCCAUGGAUGAUCACCUUGUGCAGCGUUACCAGGAUCUGAUGAAAGAGAGUUCAAGGAUGCCAUUGUUUGAUCUCAAAAAGCUAAACGCAUCACUUCCGGUACCAAAACCAAAGAAAAAUUCGACAAAAGUUUUGGUUUUAGGUGCCAAAGAUGAUUUCAUAGUGGACGACGAAGGACUAAAGGAAACCGGGAGGUUCUAUGAUGUUGAACCGGUUUGUAUUGAAGGUGUUGCUCAUGAUAUGAUGCUAGAUUGUUCAUGGGAGAAAAGUGCUGAGGUUCUUUUGUAUUGGCUAUCUAAGCCAAGAAAUGUAUCUGCUUAACCGAACUGAACCAAGAUUUUCAGUUUGUGCGUUUGAUCAGCA